AGGGCAUGCGUUUCAUGGUGCCCGAAUAGAUUCUCCCUUUUUCUUCCUUCUCUUUGCCCUUUUCUCUUUCUGCAUAUCCUUAAUUUAGGACCAAAAAGUAGAAUUUCUCACUUUCGGAAGAUGGAAGGCGGCGGCAGGGAGGCGGAGAAGCGGAAGCGCCGGCAGGCCCAGGACAAGCUGUACCGCGGGAUUCGCAUGAGGAAGUGGGGGAAAUGGGUCGCCGAGAUCCGCGAGCCCAACAAACGAUCCAGAAUCUGGCUCGGGUCCUACUCCUCCCCUAUCGCCGCCGCCCGAGCUUACGACACCGCCGUCUUUCACCUCCGCGGCCCGUCGGCGAAGCUCAACUUCCCGGAGCUUCUCGCCAAUGAGGAAUGGGUCCCGGACCUCUCGGCGGUGGACAUCCGGAGGAGGGCGGCGGAAGUCGGAACUAGGGUUGAUGCGCUCCAGAUGGCAGGCCCGGAUCAGCCCAACCCGGAGCAGAACCCGAUCCAGCCCCGUGCGGUGGCGGUGAAGCCCGACCUGAAUGAGUACCCGACUCCGGAGAGCUCAGGGGAGGACAACUCAGGUUACGGCGGAGAUCAGUAGAGAGAGCGUAUAGCGAAUUUUCUGCAGCGGCCGUUUGUAUAAUCCAAAAGGAUUCGUAUGUGUUUAUAUGUUUCUCUAAAGUAGUAGCUGUUCAAAACCUUGAAUUAAAUUCCGUUAAAUAUAGACAAUCAAUCUUUGAUCUGUUUUCAUAUAUCCAUCCAGAUAUAUCGAUCUUCUCUUGAUUUAUGUGUUUUGAAACCCAACCCCUGAACUCCCCAAUUUGAAGAACUGAACAUCCUUCUCCUCCGAUCCUCUGCCCAGAUUAUGGCCUUUCUGUUCAUGAAUUUGUUGAUUUGAUUAGUGGAUUGUUUGGGCGUGUUUGAAUUCACUGUUACAUUGGCGUGGAACUGGGGAGGUGGUGGCGGGGGACGCAUGAGGAUAAGGGGAAACAGCCAAACAGGGUGUGGCCUACCUGCAAAGCUGCUGCAGAACCAACCAGAUUGUGUACUUUGGCUGCUCAGAAAAAAUUACUCGGCCGUUCUAUUUGGACAUGUCUAUUCCUGAGGGAGGCUGAAAUAGGCUAUUUUCUAGGCUGAAUUCAUUUAAUCCAUUAGAGUUGUGACUUAAUUCCCCUCGUAAAAUUUGAUCAACCUUUACUUCCUCGUGAAAUAAAAAAGUAAAAACGAUAUGAUAUUUGUUUUUUUUUUGAC